AUGCAUGCUAUGGGUAGCCAUGCACGCAUCUUCUACUCUUCCAAAAUGCUUUUCCGGCUCUUCUUUCUGCUCGAGAUCAUCGCCGUCGCAAAAGUUCAUAGCCAGCUGCCUUCAACUCAAGGCUUCAUCAGCAUCGACUGCGGCGGCUCCACGAACUACACCGACACCACCACCUUUAUACCGUAUGUCACCGACGACCCGUUCACCGACGACGGCGUCAACUCCCAAGUCGCCUCCUACUACAACAGCAUCUUCUCCCCGCAACUGACAACCCUUCGGAGCUUCCCCAACGCCACCCGGAGCUGCUACGCCCUGAAGCCGGUGAUUAAGUUCAGCAAGUACUUGCUCAGGGGCACCUUCAGGUACGGGAACUACGACGGCCAGAACAGAGCCAACACCGUGAAUCCCCUGCAGUUCGAUCUCUACUUCGAUGCUAAUUUCUGGCGAACGGUGAGCAUCACGGAUCCGAUUAGUUAUUCCUGGUACGAGGUUCUCGCGGUAGCAAUGACCGACUCUGUUUCGGUUUGUUUGGUCAACACGGGUUCGGGAACGCCGUUCAUCUCGGUGCUCGAGUUCCGGCCGCUUCCUGACGUCAUGUAUCCGGCUGUCAACAAGACGCAAUUUCUAAUCACUAACAUUCGGCGUAACGUCGGACCUCCUCCACUGAUCAUUCCUGCAUUAUUCGUAAGUGCUGUUACCGAGAUCACCACCGCUGAACACUCUGGCUUGUGUAGUGGGACCAGGUACCCGGAUGAUCCCUACGACCGGCUUUGGGAACCAUGGAUGGAUUCCGAUGCGUUUACAGUGAUCACCACCGCUGAAUCCAUCCAAAGCAGCACCAAUGAUUAUUUCCAGCCGCCGUCCAUCGUCAUGCGAAACGCUGCCACUCCUUCCGACAACUCCAGUACUAUCAUGGAGUUCUCGUGGGACCACUCCUCCUUCGGCCUUAGCGGCGACAGCGUGCACGUCAACUUCUUUUUCACAGAAUUCACGCCCAACACCACGAGGACGUUGAACAUCUAUCUCAACGACGCCAUCUGGUACUCCAACUACACUCCACCCUACCUUAGGGCAGGCAACAUUUACAACACCGGUCCCAAUGUCCCAAAUGAGGAAUACCACUGGGCUAUCAACUCCUCAGGCCUGUCCAACCUUCCUCCGAUCCUCAACGCGGAAGAAGUUUUCACUGCGAUGCAAUUCAAUCCGCUCGUGACAAACACCGACGAUGCGGAUGCCAUCAAUGCCAUCAAGGAACUAUAUCGGGUCAAGAGAAGUUGGAUAGGUGACCCAUGUGUUCCCCAACAGUACCCAUGGGAUGGAGUGAAUUGUAGCUACGGAACAAAUCCAGCAAGGAUCAUAUCAAUAAAUUUAUCUUCAAGUGCAUUGUCCGGUUCUAUAUCCUCCUCGUUUGCCAUGUUUGCAGCAAUCGAGUUCCUGGACUUAUCUUACAACAACCUAACGGGACCAAUACCUGAUGCUUUAGGAGCAUUGCCAUCACUCCAAAUCCUGUAUGAGUUGUUGAUAAUAAAAUCUUAUGAUUAGUAAACUAUGCAUAACUUUUUAAUUUUCAUAUCUUGCAGAAUUUGACGGGUAAUAAUUUUACCGGAACAAUCCCGAGAUCCCUUAUUCAAAAACAAAAUCUGAUGUUCAAGUUUGUUUCUAUCUAUUCUCAGACAUUUGUGAU